GAGAACAGACAUGGCUAGUAGCGCGUCCAGUGAGAGUCUGCAAGCCCUGGGGCGCUGCCCUUUUAAGGAGCCCUGACACCGGCUUAAGUCCCAGGGCCAGAGAGCAACAGCAAGGACGAGGUGCAGCCGUCAUGUCUCUACAGGCUGACUUCGACAAGAUUUCAGCAGACGUGAGAAAGCUGAAAGCAAGGCCAGAUGAUGAAGAGCUUAAAGAACUCUAUGGACUCUACAAACAGUCCAUCAUUGGAGACAUCAACAUUGGUUGUCCAGUCUUGUUAGAUAUGAAAGGCAAAGUUAAAUGGGAAGCAUGGAACCUCAAAAAAGGGUUGUCGAAAGAAGAUGCCAUGAGUGCCUACAUUUCUAAGGCAAAAGAGCUGAUAGAAAAAUAUGGAAUUUAGAAUUCAGCAGAUGAGAAAGUUCUCCUUUUGAAGCCUCCAUCAUGUUACUAUGAUCUAACACUUAGGGGAGCAGUGCACCAAAACACUUUCAGUAUCAUGAAUCUUUCUGCUACUCAUCUAAAUUGUAAUCAUGAAUUAAAGACAUGCCAUAUUUAAUGAAUAAAUUUUAAAAUUUUAAAGACUACAUAUUUAAUGAAUAAAUUUUAAAAUGUAAAAAAAAUUGAAUGAAAUGGCUGCAAUUAUCCAACUUUCACUUUAAGGUAAAUACUAUAUCAAAUACAACAGUAAAUAAGCCAAAAUGUUUAAUAAACUUGAGAGUUCACCUAGAGUUCUUCAGAAAAACAAAGUUAUGACAACUAUCAGUCACUUUUUUCUAUACAUUUUUACAUCUAAGAGAACUCAGAGAGAAAAAAACUAUGCAAUAUAGUAUCUGGUGAUUGAAUCUCUUUGUUUACCUUUAUCAAUAAAUUUUUACCUGUGAAAA